GCUAGGAAUUGCACACAGCUGAGCUCAGAAGUUUGGGUAUGGCUCUGAGAAGACCGAGAAGCUGUAGGUCGGAAGCUCCUGCAAACCUAGGAGCUGACACAUAUUCUGUAAGCUUUCUGCGUUCCAAACCCUUCAUCUCUGCUAAGGACAGAGUAGACACAGCUUGAAGACGCUGACACCUGGAAGAAUCUCUUUUUGGAUUCUAUUGCUGCUAACAGAGCCCAGCAGAGCUACUCACAUCCACAGAGGAAAAGAGGAAAGUUUUUUGAAACAGCAGGAUACUUCUUGAAAUCGGGACUGGAAGAAGGCAAUCUUUUCCCUCCUUCCCCUUUGGGGACUGGCUUUUGAGAGAAAGGAGUUGCCCAACCUGGUCAUGAGACUUUUCCACACUUCCCAAAGAAAGCUCUUGAAGUUAUGACACUGCACCACAGAGAGUCUAGGAUAGCAUAACCCAGAGCAGCACCCCCAGCAGCACACCCUGGGUGCAAUCCAUCUGGUAGGCACAGGAGAUGGAGAAUGAGGUUGGCAAAUCUGUGGACAAUCAAAUGGACAAAUACAUAGUUACAAUAAUGGGGAAAUCAGAAAGUCAAAUGGAUAUUGUGGAAAAAUCAACAAAAUCUGGAAAGCAAUCCUGGAGCAUUGUGGCAAUCGGUCUGGCUGUCUUGCUGCUCAUUAUGACUUGUGCAGCGGUCGCCCUGGUGAUUCUGUAUGCCAGCAGCAGAGUCACUCACUAUGGCACCAGUUCAGGCAACAUAUGCACCACACCUGGAUGUGUUACAGCAGCUGCUAGAAUAAUUCAGAAUAUGGACCCAACAGCUGAACCUUGCACGGAUUUCUACCAGUAUGCCUGUGGGGGUUGGCUCAACCGGCAUGUUAUCCCAGAAACUAGCUCCAGAUACAGCAUUUUUGACAUCCUGAGAGAUGAGCUGGAGAUCAUCCUGAAAGGUGUGUUGGAGACUUCAGAUCAAGGGGACAGAGAAGCAUUUCAGAAAGCUAAAAUACUUUACAAGUCAUGCAUGAAUGAGAGUCUUAUAGAGCAGCGAGAUUCAUUGCCUCUACUAGAGGUCUUAACGAUGGUUGGAGAUUGGCCAGUGGCUUCUGCAGACUGGAAUAACACCAAAAAGUCAAAUUGGAGCAUGGAAGAAAAACUCUCCAUAAUGAACUCCAGAUUUAACAAACGUGUCCUGAUUGACAUGUUUGUAUGGAAUGAUGACCGGGAUUCCAACAGACACAUCAUUUAUAUUGACCAACCUAGUUUAGGAAUGCCAUCCAGAGACUACUACUUUAAUGGGGGCAACUAUCAAAGGGUCAGAGAAGCUUACCUGCAGUUCAUGAUCGCCAUUGCCAAAAUGAUCCGAGAAGACAAGAAUAUGUCUAAAGAUGAUUCUUUCGUCCAAGAAGAAAUGUCAAAAGUUAUGCAGCUUGAAACCGAGAUUGCAAAUAGCUUUUCAACACAACACAAAACUCAUAGCCUAGAAGAGAGCAGGAGGAAGGAGACUUGCUAUGGCUUGGGCAGCCCAGAAAUCAGAGCUUCUGCAACUAUCCCUGCAGAAGAAAGGCAUGAUGUGACCUUGUUAUACAACAAAAUGACUCUGAAACAGUUGCAGGAAAAGUUUGCAUUGAAUGAGUUUAACUGGACCUUCUUCAUCCAAGGUGUCAUGUCUUCAGUAAGUGUUCAGGUCUACCCAGAAGAGGAGGUUGUUGUAUAUGGAAUGCCCUACUUGCAGGAGCUGAAAGCAAUUAUCUCAAAGUACUCAGCAAGCACCAUCCAGAACUACCUCAUUUGGCGACUGAUAAUUGAUCGAGUCAGUAGCUUGAGUCGGCGUUUCAAGGAUGCUCGGGCCAGCUACAGGAAGGCACUUUAUGGGACAACACUGGAAGAAGCCCGCUGGAGGGAGUGUGUGAGUUAUGUCAACAACAACAUGGAGAAUGCAGUGGGAGCAUUGUAUGUCAGGGAGACAUUUGCUGGUGAGAGUAAGAGGAUGGUCCGAGAUUUAAUAGACAAAAUCCGUGAAGUGUUCAUUGAGACCCUAGAUGAGUUGCAGUGGAUGGAUGAGACAUCUAAAGAAAAAGCUCGUGAGAAGGCAAUGGCAAUUAAAGAACAAAUUGGCUAUCCAGAUUAUAUUUUGGAAGAUCAUAAUGAAAAAUUAGAUCAGGAAUAUGCUAAUUUAAACUUCAGUGAGCACAACUACUUUGAAAACAUCCUGGAAAACCUGAGAGCUGGAGCCCAAAAGAGCCUGAAGAAACUUCGAGAGAGAGUUGACCAAGAUAUAUGGAUAAUUGGAGCUGCAGUGGUCAAUGCAUUCUAUUCCCCCAAUCGGAACCAGAUAGUUUUUCCUGCAGGGAUUCUACAGCCUCCCUUCUUCAGCAAACAUCAACUACAAGCACUAAACUUCGGGGGGAUAGGAAUGGUUAUUGGGCAUGAAAUAACUCAUGGCUUUGAUGACAACGGUCGGAAUUUUGAUAAAGAUGGAAAUAUGUAUGACUGGUGGAGCAACUUCUCAGCUAUGCACUUCAAGGAGCAGUCUCGUUGCAUGGUUUAUCAGUAUGGGAACUACACAUGGGAGCUGGCUGGAGGACAAAAUGUCAGUGGAAUAAGCACAUUAGGAGAAAAUAUUGCAGAUAAUGGAGGAGUCCGGCAGGCUUACAAGGCCUAUUUGAAAUGGCUUGAACGGGAAGGGAUGGAGCCAAAGUUGCCUGGACUGGAUCUGUCCCACAAACAGCUUUUCUUCCUCAACUUUGCCCAGGUUUGGUGUGGUUCCUACCGACCAGAAUAUGCUAGCCAGUCAAUAAAGACAGAUGUUCACAGCCCUCUGAAAUACAGGGUGAUGGGAUCUUUGCAGAACUUUGAGGCCUUCUCGGAGGUGUUCCAUUGUAAAAAGGGUACAGCCAUGCAUCCUGCAGAGAAAUGCAGAGUGUGGUAGCCAAAUAGAAAACUGGCAAGAAUAACAAAUACUCUGGCGAUACAAUAUGCCAAUGAUGUGCCUGAUGUUCUCCUGUUCAGUCACAGCCAAGGCUAAUGGUGCAGCUGCUGUAGUAAGAAUCAAAGAAACUACAGCACUGAAGCUCUUAUGGUUCCACUGGGAAGUAUGCAAGUAUCUUAGUGACUGAUGGGCUGUGCUGAAAGCCACAGUAUGCUCCAGAACAAAAAUGACUGUAUCAAAUGACAUCCUGACUGUUACUAAGAAACCACAUCAGGGUUACAAAGACUAGUUCUUAAAAAAAACAAACCAACAAACAACUAUACAUCUAUUUUUCAGCAAGGAACAAUAAUUUUAAUGUGUCUUUCAAUUAUACCUGAGACUCAGCAAACCCACUUAAGAUGUUUCACAAAACUAUUUUUUCAGUAGUCUGGUUCAGUUUCUGGUGCUUUUUCCCCAAAUUCAGGCUAGUGGUAAUUUAAACUCUUGUGCUGUCUGUCUAACACUGUCCACUUGCACUUUGAUUACUGCUUUGUUGUAAGAGGUUGCUAUUUGUCUUGAUAUUUUACAAAGUGAGCUAUAUGUUAAAAUGCCUGCCGGCUGCUGGCUUAACACAAAGCUGCACUCUUCUACUGCACUUGAGUUCUUCUGCUCCAAAGAGCAACUGUAACAUGACCUUGAAGUAAGGUAGAAAGAUCACAUUUUUAAAAGUACGAAUUCUAUUGUUAUGGUUAAAAUUACAGGGUCCCUUCCUUGAGAGAUAUAUUGAAGAUGAUGCUUAUUCUUGUAGAAGUGUAUAAAAUACUUUUUGCCAAAGAGCAAACGUAUCCAUGGAAACAACUACACUAUUUUUAAACCUGUGCCUUUUCACUUCGCAAUAGGCUAUUUUUCAAUAUUUACACUUGAAAAUGUAACAAGUAUUAAUUUUUAAUUUAAAAAAAAAAUCACAGUCACCAAUUCAGCAAGCAUUUUACUAUAGAAAAUUCUGGGUGGCUUCCUUCUAAUAUAAUGAUACUACGUUAAAGUGUCAGUCCUUAAUAGUGAGUUUUAAAUAUUCUUCUUGCAAAUGCUUUUCUUUCUGGCACACAAAUCACUGGAAAGCAAGAUGAUCACUACUAGCGCUUAGUUUAUGAAGUGCCAAAUCACAUUAUUCAAUUGCUUAAAGUAGUUAGUGCACCACUAGCAAAAUGUUUGAUUAUCUAAAUACCAUAGAAGGAAAUGAAAAUCAUUUAAUGGUAGCAGAUUAGCCUGUAAGAGAGGACCCACUGAAGUAUUCUGGCCAUUUGACAAUAAGAGCUGGCUAGAUCACUAAAUGAAGCCUCAUAACUUUUGCAUGAAUGUUAGUUUUACUGCCUACAGUGAAAUCAGUCUGUAAAGAAUUACAGCUUUUACUGCAGGUGAGAACAUACAGUUCAUUUACAUUUAAUUUCUACCUUAGAAGUAAUCUUAGAGGAUUACUUUCUCAAAGAAUCGGCACUACCUCAGGGAUUAACCUCUCUUCUAUGCCUUUCAAAGUUUGAGAGUGACAUAUAGAAGAGAGACUUAAGUAGUAACAUAGGGUUUAUUUGCAAGUUUAUUGAAUGCUCAUUUAAUAUCUCCUCAAAAGAUUCAGAAAAGGCUAUUCAGCACCCACCAACAGAGCUGUCUGUUGCAAGCAAAUAUUACACAAAGCACAGACAUAAUUUGGCCUUCACCUCAGUUAACAGUAAUACAAAAACUGCUUCAAAUCUAAUUCGUUUCUGUGGUGCACCUCAGAUGACUAUAUACAUGGACCUCCUCAAGGGAAUGCUACCUGAACUACACUUUGUUGUUUUGUUAAUUUCAGCUAGGUCUAUUAACUGAGGAGAACUGUACUUGAUCACAUUAAUUUGAACAAGGAUCCAGAUUCAAGGCAGAGAGGUGAGAGAAAAGGAUAAUUUUUCAGAUGGGAGUUGCUGUAAGUGCCUGAUGAGCUUAGAAGAACUGAUCCGCACUGAAAACAAAAAAAAAAAUGACUAGGAGAGUGCACUAACAAGCUUCAAGAGCCUUCUUUAAAAAGGUCACAAUUUUCUACACUAGGAUUAAGCUCACUCUAAGUGACUUUAAAAGCUCUUGAAGGAAACCUGGAGGUAAAGAACCUGGCCCAUAGGUGUCCUGCUCUUACCUCUGUACAGUUUCUAGGAUUUCAUAUGUUAAAACUGUGGUUCUACUGAGAUGCAUAAGAUGAUGUUUAUUUCCUGUUGGACAGUAGGAUAAGGUACUGUGCAUUCCUGGUACUUCCCCUCAGUGCUAGAUUAGCUUAGGAUACAAAACCCCCAAAAUUCACAGUAGCUGCACUACAUUUACUACUUUUCAGUUUUAGUAAGUUCUAGUUCUCUCUAAUAGCGACCAUCAAAAUCAUUUGAAGUCAGAUUCUUUAAGGAUGCUACCAAAAUACAAUAGGAGAUGAAACAGUUUCAUGGAAUAUCAUAGUAAAUCAUACCUACUUAAAAUUUUUAGGAAAAUGAUACAAGUGGAAAAGCCAGUUUAGGAGAUAACAUAGACUCUGUAAAACACAAAUGAACAAUAACUUAGUUUAAUUUAGAUAUUAAUCCAGGUUCAACUCAAACUCUGACCAACCACCAGCUUUUGACUCGUCUAGAACUAUGUAAGUAGAUUACAGAUGUAGCAGUGGAUUGGUGAGAUUCUGAUGUCCUACAAGGCUUCAUGCCAAUUAUGUUACUCUCCAUAUACAACUAUUAAAGAGGAAAGAUGCCAGCAUAUGAAGGAUGGGAAGAGAAUUAUGAAGACUAAGUUUUGUGCUUUAAGAUGUUUACACCUGGAUGUCCAAGACAAGUCUAAUUAUUUUCCAUUUUUAUUCACUUUAAAAGUGUUUUUGCUCUUUAAUUAACCCAAUGCACCUGUUCCAUGUGUUGUAAAACUGAUAGGUCACACUGACUAGGUUUGCAUUUGCUCCUGGAUUGGAUUCUACAUGCAUUAGGGGAGAAACUUUGUAUUUCAAAAGUACAUACUCAACAUGAUCUGCAACCUUUGUUUGAAUGAAAUGCUGUCCAAAUUUUAUUCUGGCUAUAGAGUGUGGUUCGCAUUUCUCAUCACAUCUCAAACUGAUGCUCAUAGAAAGAUCAUUUGACUACUGUUUCCUAGUUGAAGGAGUUUAAUUAUUUUUUUAAACAUUAAAUGGCUGGUUCCAAGAGAGUGAAGGGCUCUGAAAAAUCAGCUUUUGUAAUUUAAUUAUUUGUGUAUGGUGGCAGGCAAAAUAAAGUGUAUUUAACUGCAUUUUGUCUAUCUUCACUUACCCAGAUUUUUCAUGCCCUAUUAUUUGUGUGCACACAAUAUAAUUAAAUUCCAUAUUUGGGUAAUUAAAGACUAUUUCCCUUGUGUAUCUGAUAUUUUCAUGUGGGUCUUCCAGUAAGCUAAAUUGGCUAAAGUACCUUUCUUUCCUCUGUCCUCACGAGCCUUGAGAAGCCAGGUGUUCACAGCACAACAAGGCUCUCGGGGGGAAAAGGGUCCUUAUUCUUUGUCCCUAGCUAUCAUUAGUAAUAGACACCCAUGCUCUCAGCUUGUUCUGAGAAAAAUGUUAUCCUAGGAUUAAAAAUGAGGUAGCCUGUAUCUUUUAGUGGCAGAUUUUGAAAAGAGAAGGGAAUUUGAGGAGGAGUUUUUUAAUGUAAAAAUCCAGGAGACAACAUAUGGAGAAAACCCAAGAAAUUAAUACGUACUGUUGAUUGUUCAUAUUGGCAAUAUUAAAAAUUCAUAGAUAGGAUCUGGCACAGUAUCUUGUUACAUAUAAUACUUAUUCCUAUUUGCAGUGGUUCAGCUAUGAUACAAGACUAUUAAUGCAAGAAGGCAAGUUUACCACAAAUAGUAACAGAACAAAAGGCAUCCUUGUGGCUUCAUUUUUUGCUUAGAUAUUUCAUGCUGCUGUUUUUCGUCAUCUGAUGUACUGCAAGAAAUAAAGAAGUGAUUAUGUUUGGGGAACAGGUAAUAUAGACCAGAAUGUCCCCAACAUGCUGGAAAGGUCUCUUGCUCAUGAUGCAGGUCAGAGUUAUGUACAAGAGCGAAACCAUGAGAUUACAGGGGAAGAGAGUCUAUCGAAGUUAUGAUCAGUAAUACAGCACUAUUGACAGUUAUUAUAAUACUGUAACAGUUACCACUAUACUAUAACUAUUAAAGUAAUAUUUACCUAGCAUUUGUUAUAUAGUUAUCAGAAGUGUUCCUGGGGCUAGUAAGAUGUGCACAUAAUCCUUAUCUGAAAGUAGAAACUAUUGUUCUUUGUUACCAUUUUCACCAGACGGUUUUGUCCUUGAGAAUCACAUAUUUUGUAUUCAUUCACUGAAGUCUUAGCAGAGGGACUAUGAAACUCUGAUACUAGAUUGCUAGGCAG